GGGCCUUCCUCCCUUCCCUCCGGGCUCUCGAGGCGCCAGGAGGGGAGCCACGGCGGCGGCGGCAGCGGAUCUCUACUGAGGUGAUUAUUUUUUUGCAAAGCCUUGGUGGAUGCAACUGGAGCAGUGAGAUGCCCACGGGCAGCCCUUCUCCUCGGUGUGGCCCUCCCCUGAUGCCAGGCCUGCCAUGACCGCGUUCUUCACCAGUGUUCCCAAUUGGAUUCAAGAUGUCAAGCAGGAAGAGGAGGAGGAGGAGGAGGUGGGCUGGAAACUAGUGGCCAGGCCCAAAGCCCGAGAGAGCGAGUGCCCGGGGAAGUGCCAGUAUGAGCUGUCCGAAGCUGCCUUCCCUGGCGUGGAGAAGCUGAGAGCCAGCCCGGAAGCAAGACCGUACUGCUGCCCUCAGCUGCAUUGCGGCAAGGCCUUCGCCUCCAAGUACAAGCUCUACAGGCACCUGGCCACCCACUCUGCCCAGAAGCCCCACCAAUGCAUGUACUGUGAGAAGAUGUUCCACCGGAAGGACCACCUGCGCAACCACCUCCAGACCCACGACCCCAACAAGGAAGCCCUCCACUGCCCCGAGUGCGGCAAGAACUACAACACCAAGCUGGGCUACCGGCGCCACCUGGCCAUGCACGCGGCGGCCAGCGGCGACCUGAGCUGCAAGGUCUGCCUGCAGAUGUUCGAGAGCACCCAGGCGCUGCUGGAGCACCUCAAGGCCCACUCGCGGCGGCCCUCGGGCAGCGCCAAGGAGAAGAAGCACCCCUGCGACCACUGCGACCGGCGCUUCUACACCCGCAAGGACGUGCGGCGCCACCUGGUGGUGCACACGGGGCGGAAGGACUUCCUGUGCCAGUACUGCGCCCAGCGGUUCGGCCGCAAGGACCACCUGACCCGCCACAUGAAGAAGAGCCACUCGCAGGAGCUGCUGAAGAUCAAGGCGGAGCCGGUGGACAUGCUGGGCCUGCUCAGCUGCAGCUCGGCCGUGGCCGUCAAGGAGGAGCUCAGCCCCGUCUUGUGCAUGGCUUCCAGGGAGGUGAUGAGCGGCAAGAGCUUCCCCGGCAUGCUCCCCAUGGGCAUGUACGGGGCGCACGUCCCGGCCAUGCCCGGCUCAGGGAUGCCCCCCUCGCUAGUGCCCAACCCUCUCCCGAUGGGGAUGAGCUACCCGCUGGAGCCCUCCUCCCCUCAGCAGCCUCCCCCGAAGUACCAGCUCGGAUCUACCUCAUACUUCCCCGACAAGAUCCCCAAAGCGGAGAUGGACAGCUGCCUGGCCGAGCUGCCCGGAGGCCUUUCGCUGAUCGCCGGCGAGCCUUCCUCCUCCUCCUCCCCUCCUCAGCCCACCAGCCUGGAGGAGACGCUCCUCUCCAAGAGCCCGGCUCUCCUUUCGGAAGCCCUCUGUGCUGCUAACAUGGAUUUCUCCCACCUGCUGGGCUUCCUGCCCUUGAACCUCCCCUCCUGCAACCCCCCCGUCUCCUCGGGGGGCCUGGUGAUGGGUUAUUCCCAGGGGGAGGCCCAGUCCCUCCUGGCCACUCUGCCGCCCCAGGAGCCCUCCUCGGGAAGCGGGCCCUCGCUCGGCUUCGGGGCGCUGCAUCCCUUGCCCUCGGUCUUCUCCGCGGGCUUGGGGGCGACUACGCUGCCACGUUUCCACCAAGCAUUCCAGUGAGAAGAGCGCUGGGCGGGCACGUGGAUCAGUGUCGGUGGGAGGGCGGGGUGGGGGUGGGGGUGUUGUUACCUCCAUCGCGCUCGGCUUCGUUGUCUUUCCAGUGAAAAAAGAGGGGAGGGGGGAAAAAACCUUGAGGGAGGAUUGGAACUGUGUACGCCUCAGUCCUGGACAGGGAAAGUAGGUUGCAGUGAAUAGAAUUUCAGGUAUUCUCUUUUUAUUUUUUCUUUCUUUCUACGUUGUUGGUAAUCAGGAACCUCACGGGAGUUUCUUCCCACCCCCCUUUGCCCCCCAGUCUUGCUCCAUGGAGCUGAAGCGCGGAGGCCUCUUCCAGGCCGGGGCCCAACUCACACACACCCCUGCCAUGUUGCGUCUCCCUCGGUCGGUGUGGCAGGAACGUCCGUUUCCCCUCUCCUCUUCCCCCCACCCGGCGAUUCCCGCCUGCGCAAAUCGAGACUUCUCCUCCUCCUCCUUGGAGCCAAUGAAUCCCUGCAGGAUCACGUUUACUCUUCGACCAUUUCCCCCCCCACUGUUAUGAAUCAGGUGGUGCCCCAGACGCCGUUCGGGGUCUCGGGCACAGCGAAGGCACUGUUUACACCGUGAAAUUGGCUCGCUCCGGUUUCACCUCACUACUACUACUGCUACUACUAACUCCUCCUCCUUCUUCUUCUUCUUCUUCCAUAUCUUCCCCCGUGGGGAAAUCCAACUGACUGGCAGCAUCUUCCGCCGUUGCCAAUUCAGAGGGUUGGUGGCUGUUGUUGUUGUUAUUCCCGUCCCAGAUCUCUUGAGCAGAUCAGAAGGAUCCUCCCGACAGGAGAGGCUCCCUGUGAUUUCUGGGCUUUUUUUUCCGAAGAGGGCUUCCCAAAACACGUCAGGGCAGCGAUGGCAAACCUCUGGCACGCGUGCCGGAAGUGCCACGCGGAGCCGUCUCUCCAGGCACACCAGCCCUCGCCCGUUGCUCUUCCGGGUUCUGAUGUGCGCACCAAAGAGCUGGCCUUCGCGUGCACGGGAGCGCCGGAAACCAGAAAAUCAGUGUGCGCCGGGAAGCUCAGCUUCCAUUUUCUGGUGCUCCAACAGCUCUUUGCACAUGUAUGUGCGCCAGGAACUGGGAGCUCGGCUUCCCAGUGCCCGCGUGCGCACUGGGGAACUGCUCUUCCAGUUUCCGGCAGUCCCUUGUGCACGCGCUACCGUUUCGGCUCUCGGUGCCCAAAAGGUUUGCCAGAACUGUGUUAGGGUUUUGACUAGAGCAGCCCUCCCUCCGAGGCCUCUUCCUAAAAAGACGUACUGACCAGGAGGGAGGCCCAUCAUCCUGUCCUGCCGAGAUGUCUUUCUUUUUUUCCCCUAUUCCCCCCCACCCCCCAAAAAAUCUCCUUGUCCGUUCUAAGACAAAGCACGCCGAUUGAGGGCUGAUCUCGUGUGGCCUUUGGGGGCUCAAGGAAGAUCCUUGGCUCCAGCUCCUUGGUGCCUUUGGCCCAUUUCUGGGUAGUGAGGGUGCAGUUUGCCUUUUCACCAGCAGCACCCGUGCCCCCCCCGCGGAGCCCCACCCACCACAUGAGCAGGCCAACCUUGCAGGAAGGAACCGUGGGGAAAACACGCAGAGGUGGGGCAGCCUCGCUUUCGGCUUCUUAGGGGGAGUCCGGUUGCCUUUUUUUGAGGGGGGUGCUGGGUGAGCGGAGGGUGUAACAUCCGCCUCUUCAUUUCCAUGCCCCUUUUUCCUUCCUGCAAGGCUGGUUCCCCCCCCCCUCUAAGCUCCAGAGCCCCCAUGCUCCCUUUUUAUCCCCCUCCUCAAGGCGCCCAAGCGCUGAGCUUCCAGCCCUCACAGUCUGAACUCGGCACAGAGCAAAAAUAAGAAUCGCCACUCGCAACCUUUGCUUCCCUCAAGAAAGCAAAAGAGAAGUGGGGGGCUGCGUUGAUGCCCUCUUGGCUGACCAGGGGCCCUUCCUGGUUGGCUCGCCUUAGCAAGCGAUGGGCCAGUUGGACACGGCGGAAGCAGCAAGAGAGCCACGUCCUCUGAUGCUCUUCCCGUAGCGCAGAGUUCCCCAAACUUAAGUGGCUCCAUGCCAGCAGCUGGCAUGUGUGUGCAUUUGUCACGUGUGACCGCUGUGUGUGAAAAUGAAGCAUGCAUGCACACGCUCGCCCACUGCUCACGCAAGGGGGGGGGGCUAUGCACACAUGCUCAGCCGCUGGUUCUGAAUGGCUCAGGGCCUGGUAGUGGGCUGCAGCCCAAGGGUUGGGGGACCCCUGCUGUCUGUCCCUCCAUCCGUUUGCAGGCUUCUUGGCACGUCCCGUUGGUCUUAACCCAGAGACGGCUGAGCCUCCCCCAUCUUCCACGGGGCUGCGGGGCGUCCCCUCGGAAGGAAGGGGGUGGCAGGAUUCGCCCCCUGUCUUAGGCAGGAAAGUGAGCCUUACUCAGAAUGUAACCUGUCGCUUAAUUUAACCCUGGGGGGGAUUAAUACGGGAAUUACAGUGACUUCCACAUCCCCCUUCUCGCCCUCAACUCUCCCUUCCCCAGCUUGGGGGGCUCUUGUGCAAGUUACAAAGUUGCCCCCCCCCCCUCUCUCUGUCUUCCCCGCAGUCUCCCGCGUGAACUCUCGUAUGAUGUCUACUACAGUGAAUACCUCAUGGUGCUCUGCUCUUACUCUCUCGCGCCCCUCCGGGGCUGCCCGAGGCCUCCCUUGGGGGAGGGUCCACCUCCGUGCAUUUGGGGGGUAUCCCCCCCCACCGGCCCCCUUUCCUUUUUACCUCAUAGGCAGGGAGCGGAGCAAGGGGCCUCCCCUGGCUCUGCCUACCUGCCCAGAAACCUUAAGGCGAUCUCUGCAAUAAUGCCUCCCGGUUGCAUUUGAUGCUCUUUCUCCCCGCCUGUCCACGCCAGACGCUUCGCCCUUGCAAUUCCAGGUGGCUUUGAAACCCUCGCCGCCUCCUUCCCCGUCUUCGUUUCUCAGCUGCUUCCUAAGUGAGAAUCCCUUCUGCCCUGGGCCUCGUAGGCCUUCUAUGCUAGGCUUCGGCAACCCUGCCUUUCUCGGAGCGUGUCCUUCACGCUCCCGUUUUCAUGUUUCGUAUAAGACUUACCUCAGCAAUCGCACGUGGCCCUGAGUUCCACAGGCCCUGCUUCCUGGUCUUCGUGGUAAAGACAUUGCCUUUCUGAGUUCUUCAGCGUGUGCCUUGGCACUGGAAGGGUGCCUGGCCGUCUCCUGAUGGUUUUCAGUAUUUUUAAAUACCUCGGUUGCAUUUCCCGUUACUCUUUUUUUUUUUUCCAGAUAUAGUUGCACAUUUUCCUCUUAUGCAAUCCUCAUAUUCCCUACCUCAAAACUUAAUGAGAAGAAG